AUGCCGAUACGUGUGAGAUCGCACGCCGCUUUGAUAACCGUGGUUGCCCUCAUUGCUGUGGCGUCGCGAGGCGUUCUCUCCCAACAGAAGCCGACUGAGUUGACCUUUCCGCUUCAAGUAUCGAUUCCCUCGUCAGACCCGCAAAACCUGCAGGAUCUCGUUCUUCUAGCACCGCGGAGCUCGCAGGAUGAUCGCAUCCAGAUCCGCGACGCAGCCGCCACAGUGGACGCGUCUGCGACCCCAGUGCCGCGCCGCUACACGGAAGAUCUUGUUUCGGCAAACGCAUCGCCGUCAGACGAGGCCGACGCGUAUCACGGCGCGAUAAGCGAUCACGCGAAGGAGGAUUUCGUGACGGAGCUGUCAGAUCCAGAGACAGGCAUGCCUCAAUCGGCGUCGUUCAGCAAUCUACAAUCACCCGCUUCACCAGUAGCAGCAACAGCUGGAGAAGAUAGUAACCAUGGCGAACCGGAGCCAUUGGCGGUAGCAGUCCAACCAGGCCAGCCCACCUCCGGUGACAUAUCUUCAUCUGCGGAGAAAAGGGGUUGGAUCGGCAGACCUGUGGAAGUCUCUCCGACUGUGAGCGCCGUUUCUCCUUCUCUACACUCCGCAACCUUCCCUCAACCUUCAUUUGAGCCGACCCCGCAAGUUUCCGCGCAAUCAACGUCUGCUCCGCUCACUUUCGUCCGCCUCCCCGCCACCUCUGCGCAGUCCGCGUCAUCAUCCAGUCCCUCCUCUCCGCCACCUUUAGUCAGCGUUUUCGACCCGCGGGCAUUCGGCGCCGCGGGGAACGGCGUUAAGGACGACACCGCAGCUCUCAACGCCGCGUUCGCCGCUGCGUGCGCGUAUCGCGCACCCGUUUCCGCACCCCGUGGCCGAGCGGCUCGACCCACCGCGCCGACGCCUUCCUCUCCCAGCGGGCUUUCCUUCAAGAAGCAAGCGGACGCGAGCGACACGGAACCCAGCAAGCCCGACAAGAGAAACUCGGGGGAAAACGCGGUUCCCAGCGCUGGCGAUAGAUUGGCAGCGAGUGCGGCGCUUGCCUCAACUGCGGCGGAGCAAGGCGAGCGACGAGUGGCGCAGCAGCAGGGCAGUGCAAGCCCCGCGCGCAAUGAUGGUGCGGUGGCCUCGCAGCUGACUCCACGUCAGCUGACGACGGAUGCUGCGGCGAUGCCGGUCCAAGGAACCGCCAGCGGUGACGCCGGCGCGACGAUCCCCAUAGAUGCAGCUCUUGCGCCGGAGCGGGCGACGCUGCUCCUGCCCGCCGGACGGACGUUCCUGGUAGCUUCGUGGAUCACAUGGCACGGGCCGUGCCGAGGAAACGGGUUGCUCAUCCAGAUCGACGGGCUGCUGCAGUUUGAGCCGAAUGCUGCGAAACGAACUGGUCGUGGCGCCGUGAUGGUGAUAACGCGGGUGGACGGGUUGACUGUCGCGGGCGCCGGCAGGAUUGACGGCGGAGGUGACCUGCUGUGGCGGCGACCGGCGAAUAGCCGGCCGCACCUGCUGCUGCUGGCGGAAAUGCGGCGAGUGGUGGUGACGGGAAUCACACUGAGCAACGCGCCCAUGAUGCAUCUGGUGCUGCGAUCGUGCGUAGGCGCUGCGGUGAGAGGUAUCGCGACGCGCAGCCCUGGCUCCAGCCCCAACACGGACAGCAUCCACGUGUCAGCGUGCAGCAACGUCAGCAUCAGCGACUCAUGGUUGCACGGAGGCGAUGACGACGUGUCAAUCGUGGCGGGGUCGUCGGGCAUCAGCAUCAACAACGUGACGUGCACCGCCGGCCACGGCAUCAGCAUCGGGAGUCUGGGCUACGGUGGCAAGACUGCAUGCGUGUCCAACGUGACAGUAACCAACUCGGUGCUGUCAGGGCUCUCCAACGGGGUGCGCAUCAAGACGUACCAGGGCGGCAGUGGCUCCGUGUUCAACGUGCGGUAUGAGAACAUCACCAUGCUCAACGUCGACCGCCCCAUUGUCAUCGACCAGUACUACUGUGACGCAGAGCCAUGCGGGUCGGGUGUGCAGGCACUUUCCAUCUUCAACAUCACGUACACGAACGUCACCGCCACGGCCGAUGCCACCAAGGGCCGGGGCAUCAUUCGCGGCAUCGACCUGGCAUGCAGCCGCAUCGUGCCAUGCACCGGCAUCUCGCUUUCCCAAGUGCGCAUAGCGGGGAGCACACGAGGAAGAGGGGCUGUGGGCAACAGAAGGGUGCAGCAGUCGUUGAUGGAGUCUUCGUCCCUUUCGAGCUUUGAUCCCGCAUCCCAAACCGCCAUGCGCCUCUCCAACGCCUUUGGCGCCAGGGAUGGCCGCGCGUUCCCGCUGGUGGAUCGCGGUGCAGCAGCGAAUCUGGAUUCUGCUGCUGUGGACGAGGACGCGACAGUGGCGGAUGCUCUGGUUUCCGCGGAGCAAAGAUUAGCGCUGGCAGCCCAGAGACUCAAGUGCGGCCGUGGGUGGAGUUUGGAGGGUCUCUAUGAGGCACUUAAAGGGGACGCGCGGGUGCCUCGCUGA